ACUUUGGCAAAUUCUCAAGGAGAAAAAAUUUGACAAACAUCUGUAGUCAUGYUCAUUGAGUUUGUUCAAAAUGGAUGACUUUAUCUUAAUCUCAGUGUGUUUUUUCUUGUUUUUCUUCUAGUGUUUACUGGUCGCCACUUUUUCGCUAAAAAAUCUUCUCCUUCCCUAUAAAAUAAUUCAUUCUACUUACCUCAAUCCACAGCUCAUCAUUGGAAUAUCCUAUUGCAUUUGUUUUCUUCUUUCAGGGUGGCAGUGACCUUGGAGGAAUCUUCGUCAAAAGUCUUCUUCCAGGUGGAGCCGCAGAGGCAUCUGGGAAAAUACGAGUUGGUGAUCAAAUAGUUGAAAUAAAUGGUGUCCCGAUGGAAGGAAUGAACCGAAAACAGGCUGUMGAGUAUCUUCGUCAGUCUGAGGCUACUGCAACACUUGUGCUUGAAAGAUUUCGACAGCCACAAGCUGAUGCUCAACCAAUGGAGGAUCUGGACCAAUUAAUGCGAACCUCGCCAAACUGCAUUUACAUUGAAUUGCAAAAGUUCAAUAACAGCUUUGGCUUCAGUGUGGUGGGUGGUCCAGAUUUUGGAGGGAUUUUUGUCAAGUCUAUCAACCCUAAUGGCGCUGCGGCCAUGGACGGUAGCAUAGGGAUAGGAGAUAGAAUCGUGGCAGUCAAUAAUAUUAACCUAACAAGGGCUACACGRCAAGAGGCUGUUGAUGCACUUCGUAAUUCUCCRCACGUUGCACAACUUGUCGUGGAAAAGGGUGCACCAGAGGARCAUAUAAAUUCCCAGCCACCAACAAUGGAUAACUACAUGCAUACUGGAUCUGUGCAGUARACAGGUAARGAGAAUAUAGCCAUACAUCAGAAUUGUCCAGGUCAUUCUUAAAGGGKCACUGUCAAUGGAUGACAUGCGCAGUAACAG